UGGAGUUCUGCAGGAAGCAGGUGAGCGAACGUUGCUCAGUCGCUUAAGGCGACAGUCGCUCGUCACCUUAGUGCGUCGCCGGCCAAUGGAAGACAUUAUGGAGAAAAAAGAGGGAGUGCGAGUGACCCGUGCGCGCACACGCCGCUUGUCUGCUCUGGACACUGACAGUCGCCCCGGAACACCGUUGCUGGACACGGCAUCCGAUCGUGGCACAGCCUCGCCUCGCCCCACACGCAGAACACGAUUGAAUUCCGCCACAGAAGGGCCUACUCCCACCCGAACCACGCGUGCUUCGUUGGUACGCGGUGAAACUCCGGAGCCGAUCACUCCGGCGUCUGUUAAGAGAACGGCUCGCACCCCAGCCAAGGCGACUCGAUCUGUGCGCAAGCAGUUGCCCGUAAAAGAGGAACUUGAGCCAGAAGAUGAAGAACAGACUCGAUCCAAAAACUCGAGCUUCGCACUGGCGCAGUCUUCGCCAACAGACGAGAAACGGGUCACGCGUUCCAUGUCGCAGACCCCUCCAGCUGCCUACCGUUCAGCCAAUAACACACCACAGCCGGUUUUGGAUGAGAAACUGCAAUCCGAUCCGAGCCUUUCCGUCGAAGAACAGCCAAUUGGGGCGAAAGCAGUUGUUGAUUUCGAAAAUGUGUCGCCAACAGACAACAAGAAUAAACAUUUGAGCCGCGGCCGAUCAAAGUUGCCAGCUAGGGUCGAGAAUCUUUCGACGCCGGCUGUAGCUGCCGCUGAAAAAGAUAAGGAUGUAUCAUGGGUGUCGGAAACUCUCACGAAAUCGCUAGAGUCGGAGUCUACAGAAAGCGUUUCGGAGGAUAUGACGCAGGGGACCAGCGGCUCUCCACAGAAAAUGGAAGCACAGGUUGAGUCACUUGCAGAUGAAAUGUCCAAGGCAGAAACCAAGCAAGCUGCCGAGGAAGUGAAAGCGAAGAGACGUUCCACAAUAGAUUUAUUGGAGGAAGUCGACAAAGACAUAGAAACAUUCGAAAUCCCAGAUGAGCAGCAGAACAGCGGAUGGGCAGACAAAGAGCAAAACGCUGAGGUCGAGAUUGAGGCGGAUUCCAAAUCGAUUACUUCAGACGAAGUUUUUGAAUCUUCAGCCUCACCAGAUCCAGAGCCAGAAAAUAGCACCACGUUGCCCAUGGAAUCUCCAGCCUCACCAGAUCCAGAACCACAAAACAGCAGCACCUCAGCCCUCAAGAAGUUGGCAAUGGAGGAUGAGCCACGAGAUGAAAUGCAGCCUCCCGAUUUGGAGCCACGAGAUGAAAUGCAGCCGCCCGAUUUGGAGCCAAUUGAAAAUAACAACAAUUCGACUUUCAAGGACAUGGCCAUGGAAGUGGACGAAGACCUUGAAAUUCCAGAUAAAGAUAAAGAUUUGCCACAUAAAUCUCUGGACUCCUCUGAAGUGCUUGAAGUGAUGGCUGAGGACGAGGAGGAGAAGCCCCAGUGGAAUCGUCCAAGCAUCGGAAUGAAGAUCAUCGACAACGUUCAGCUGCCAGAUCUGACCCCUGGCAUCAAGACGCGCCUAGUGGCAUCGGGCAGCGUGGAUUCCAAAAAGUCUGUAGCCUUCGAUAGCGACUCGGAAGACGCUGAUGACGAAAAGGUUAAGUUCCCGAAGACUCCGUCCCGUAACAAGAACCCAUCUUCUUUCUUGUUGGAGAAAUCGGUAAUGAGGGCCCAUAAGCUUCUGAAGACAGAUACUCCCCUGAAAACGGAGACCCCUUUGAAGGCAGAUACCCCUUUGAUGAAAGAUAAUUCUCUGAAGACGGAUACCCCUUCGAAGAUACGUACUCCUCUGAAGAUGGAGACCCCUCUGAAGAAAGAUACUCCUCUGAAGACGGAUACCCCUUUGAUGAAAGAUACCCCUUUAAAGACAGUUACUCGUCGGAAGGCGGAUACACCUUCGAAGACAGAUACUCCUCUGAAGAAAGAUACUCCUCUGAAGACGGAUACCUCUUUGAUGAAAGAUACUCAUCUGAAGAUGGAUACCCCUUUGCAGUCAGGUACUCUUCGGAAGAUGGAGACCCCUCUGAAGAAAUAUACUCCUCUGAAGACGGAGACCCCUCUGAAGGUGGCCUCUAUAAAGGCACGCAACAGCUCCACACCCUUACAGAGCGACGACCGAGAGGCUUCCAUUAGCCUGUUGAAGCCGGCCCCGGCUCGCAUUGAUUGCCUUAAGCCUUGGGCCCAGGUGGAGGCCGAAAACAGAGAAAAAGAUUUAAAGAAGGCUGCCAAGGCCAAACCCCAGCCCACGCCCCCCAAGAAGGUUUCAAGCGGACUCCGCCUGAACAGCGACGAUGAGGAUGAGGAUGAUGAGGAAGAAUUCUUGUGCGAAUUCGUUGAAAACGAGGCGGAGGAAGCGCCUGCUGAUUACAAGUCGGGUGACUCGAUGGACUGCUCGGAGCAACGCGAGAUCGAGGAAAAUGAGAUUGUCGACGAAGGCGAAUCCGUGGGCAGCCAAGACACCGAUGGGUCCUACGAGGACGAGUCCAUUAGCAAUGAUUCCUUUAUUGUGUCGGAUACUUCUGACGUUGUAGAGCUACGUUACUCCUCCAAUGAGCUGGAGGCUGAGUCCCUCGAAGAGAUGUCUCCGAAGGGCAAGAAACACCGUGCCCGCAUCAUAGUUAUGGAUUCCAGCGAUGAAGAGGAGCAGGCAGAGAACAAGCAGGAGGAAGAAAAGGAGAACGGGGAAAAUCAGCAGCGUCAGGAAGAUGAAGAGGAGAAGCACUCGGAGAGGCCAACAAAUCAGAGCAACUGCUCUUCCAAUGCCAGCAAACUGAGCGAAGCCGCCCAGAACUUAAUUGGCAGCCAGGAGCAUUAUUCGACCUCUGAAACAGAGCUCGAGAACUCGCGCAAACUCUUCCUUAACGAGAUCAACAAGUCGGAGUGCUUGAACAAGACAGCUUCACGCCUGGACAUGACUAUCAUGGAUGUGGACUCUGAAUCUGACAACAAAGAUGAUCCACAAACAGCGGCAACCAACAAGAGUAUCUAUGAAGUAUUAGACUCCGACGAAGACGUUGGGGAAGAGCAAAACGACAAUGAUAACGAUAACGAUGCCGAGAACGAGGACGAAGACGAAGACGAAGAGCCUUCUUCAAGCAACAAAUUCUCAUCCAUUGCACACCAGAAGCAAAAGGUCAACGACGAAGAAGCCCUCUUGGCCGAACUGGCCUCCAGCGACCUGACGCAUCUCAAAACUAUGUUCAAUCCGCUCCAGAAGUCACGCCGUCAAUCGCUGUACAUGCCCAGCCCCGAAAUGGCCGCCAAGGAGCCCAAGCUGCAGCGUCGCAGUGAGCGGGACUUCUGUCCCUCUCAGUCCUUUGUCGAAAUGAUGGCCGAGCGCAAGGUUCAUCAGGCAAAGCGCAAACGCCUGUCCAAGAGUUUCUCAGGCGCGGCCGAGGAACUGGAGGUCAUGGAAGUUCGUCAGGAGCACAAACGGGCCAAAAACGAGCACGAUGAGUCAUCGGGAUCAAUGGAAGAGGACAUGCCUCCCGCAGAGUCGCCUGACAUACCCAAAGAGGAGUCCCCUAAGAAGCAGGAAGAACAGUCGGAGGGGCUGCAACAGCCCAAAGAUCAAGAGAUGGAUGAGGAGAUGCCAUCGACAGAGGAUCCAUCGAAGAAGGAAGCAGAGAAGACUCAGACUUUUGAAAAGUGGUCGAAGAAUACUGACCACUAUUUGGACGUUUGCGCCUCCAUCCUACAGAGAGCCAACGAGGCCAAGCUGGAACAAAAGAAACUGCAAGUUGCAGCGGGCAGGAAACAUAACAAACCAAAACCAACUGUUUCGGAGGCUGUUUUUAAAUCGGUCGACUCGACUGACACAGACAUUCGUGAGGCCACCAAACCGCUGCCGCUCAAGAAGGAAUUGAAGCGUCUGCAGGCAGCCCGUAACGCUGUCAGUCACGCCGUUAACUUGUUGGCGCCGCAGCCAGUGGCCAUUAAAGAGCCGCGUUCGUUGCUCCGCAAAUUGUCACCGCAGCCGCCGAUGGAAGCUAAAAAACCGGCAAAGGGGACUAAGAAGCAGAAGAAGGCUUUGCUGAAGACACAGCUGGUGUCACCAGUAAAAAGCUCCGAUGAGGAGAACCACAACAAGUCGACAGUCGUCAACCGCAUCAAAACCAAUGCUGGCUACGUGACUGUUACCAUGGACGAUGCUCCAGAGCCGCUCAUCGAGCUGGUUAAGACACGCUCGGGCAUUAUGCGCGUGGAGCCCGCCACGCCCAAGCAGAAGUAUUUCCGCGAGGAGCCAGACUCGCCGCCAAACCGAAAAUUCCGCGUGCAGCGCGUCCCGGCCGGCUCUCACAAGAAGUCCAAGCAGCAGCAGCAGCCGCCGAAAGAAGGCGGAAAGGUCGUCACGCACAAUCCCGCCAUGCUGUCGGCAUUGCGCUUCAAGGAGCAGGUGUUUGCUCGCAAAUAGACGGAUCAUCCUAUAUCAUUCACAUUAGCUAUAAACAUAGACACUAGUAUAUAAAUGGAAUGCAGCAGGGAGUGGAGGAAAAUGAUAUUUUUGCAGGGUACAUUUUUUGUUUUCUUUACUAUUUUUUUUUUCGUUCUAUUUUGAAUUGUUUAAAGAUUUAAUGCAAUUGGAUUGGUUAUUAUCUGUGCUUUGUUUAAUUGAUGGAAUCAAUUUUUGUUUUUGCAUCUUUCUUGCUGAUGUACGUACCUCCGCCCGCGUGCACCUUGCCAUUUAAAAAGCUGUAUUAAUUUUUUCCUUCUACCACAUACCUUUAAGAAAUAUACGCCUGUUACACAAUACAA